AUGUCUACAAUUACAUUUGUUACUGGUAAUGCUAAUAAAUUAAAAGAAGUAAUUGCAAUUUUGGCCACUUCGGGAACUGACUCGUCGUCUUCCUCUUCUUCAGAAUCUAGUAAUAAAGUUGGCAAGUUCACCAUUACUAAUCAAUCAGUCGAUCUUGAUGAAGUUCAAGGAACAAUUGAACAAGUAACUAUUCAUAAAGCUCAAGCUGCUGCUAAAGUGAUUAAUGGACCAGUAUUGGUUGAAGAUACAUGUCUUGGAUUCAAUGCAUAUAAUGAUUUACCAGGACCAUAUAUCAAAUGGUUUGUUCAAUCAAUUGGAUUAAGUGGAUUAGUAAAGAUGUUGAUUGGAUUUGAAGAUAAACUGGCUAAAGCUAUUUGUACAUUUGGAUAUUGUGAAGGACCUGGUAAUGAAGUUAAGAUUUUCCAAGGUAUUACUAAAGGUAAAAUUGUGGAAAGUAGAGGACCCACUAAUUUUGGAUGGGAUUCAGUUUUCCAACCUAAUGGAUUUGAACAAACAUAUGCUGAAAUGGAUAAAAAAGUGAAGAAUUCAAUUAGUCAUAGAUAUAAAGCAUUAGAUAAAGUUAGAGAUUAUUUAUUAUCCCAAUAA